AUGAGCAGAGAUGCCUCUGACUGCCCGGGCUCCUCAGCUGCUGCGCCAAAAAGUACUUCCACGACGGAUGAUAAUCUCACUGGUAGCUGUGUAACAAAUUCGGCUAUUGUCAGCGAAUUUGCGACUGGAAAUGGCUCUCGAUCCGGAUCGAUGCCUCAACACGAUCUUAAAUCCACAGACGAUACCUCGUCUUCGCAAUGCACAGAGGAAAUACAAUCCGAACUUGUGGCUGACGCUACAUCACUCGCAAACCCACGCGCUGAUAGCACGGGUGGCGUUAUUCCUUACGGGACACGAUCCCGGAAUCGAAGCGGAGUUUCAAGGCCGAAUUAUGCAGAAGAUAGAGAGUUAGAUGCAGAUUUCGAAUCUGCAACAGUUGCGUGCAAUAUUCGCAAAGCAACACGAGUAACUGAGCUAGGAAACGCUUCUGAUGUUGUUAAGUCUCACAACUUUUUACACAAGAUCCCUACAAUAGACUCUGAAAUGAUUUCAUCUUUGCAAAGUAACAGCAAAGACUCGAUUCCAGGCACUUCUAUUUUUCCUGCAAAUCCAAACUCCAGCAUAGGGUCGAGUAACAUCAUAAAAAAACGCAAGCCAGCAUGUCAUUCCACGCAACAGACGAACCCUAUUCUACAGAACAGUCACUCUCAUCCAAAAACCCGUAGGUCUAGUAUAACAACUAAAGUUAUGGCAGGAUUCCGCGAGACAAAUAUGAUGGAAUUCGAACAGAGUCAAGGCAGAUUAAACAACAAUAAGCUCGUUGCAGAUGAUGGCGUAGUACUAGAAGCAAAUGAUCAUGUGUAUCUCAUAUGUGAGCCUCCUGGAGAACCUUACUAUUUGGGCAGAAUUAUGGAAUUUUUACACGUUAACAAUGAUCCUACUCAGCCUAUCGAUGCUCUUAGACUCAACUGGUACUACCGUCCCAAAGAUAUAGGUCGAAAAGUUAACGACACUCGCCAAGUAUUUGCCUCAAUGCACUCUGACAUCAGCCCUCUCACUUCACUUCGAGGAAAAUGUCAAAUCAAACACAAAAGCGAAGUCGAGAAACUAGAUGAAUUGAGAAAAUCUCCAGACUGCUUUUGGUACGAGAAGUUAUAUGAUCGAUACAUCCACAGAUUCUACGAUGUAAUACCUACGAGCCAAGUUAUAAACGUGCCUGUAGAAGUCAAAAAAGUACUUGACGAACGGUGGAAGUUCAUCUUGGUUGAGUUAGGAAGAGGCAAAGAAUUAACGAGUGCUGUCAAGUCUUGCAAGAGGUGUAAUAAAUAUUCAGCAAGCAAUGAUUCUGUUGAUUGUGCAGUAUGUCAAAGCACAUAUCACAUGAGUUGCAUUAGCCCUCCGUUACUAAAAAAACCGUCCCGAGGAUUUGCUUGGGCUUGUGGCCCCUGCAGUAAAGCCCAAGAAAAAAAGCUCGAAGCACAAAAUACACCUAAUCUACUUGAUACGCCUAUUGGAGAUGAAGAGCCUAUUGAUGAAGAAAUAGAUCUUCAGACGACUAUCGCUGAUCUUCCUGAAACGGGCGAAACAUGCCUUCCAACCAUCGGCGACGCAGAAACUAGCCAUCAUACUGGAACAGCGGAGCAGAUUUACCAAGCUAGUUUAUGGUUAUUUCGUUACCUCGGAAUCCACUGUAAAGUCGAGGACGCAUUAGAUUAUGAUGAUCGGAUUUAUCCACGUGCCAGCUCUCGCCUUGGUCCUCGCCAUCAGGCUAACGUUCCAGCAUGGCACGGAAGACCAGUGGAGUAUGUCAAGACCGCGGACAUGAAGAAGAAAUCAGUAAAGGGAGGGAGUCAUAAAAAAGAUGCAAAACUUUCAAAAGAAACCCUUAUAGCUCCAGAAUCUGAAAAAGUUACCCGUGAUCAACGCCCAAAAUGGGUUAUGGAGGAGCCCUCUGGCUAUGUUCACCGUGGUGAGGACUUUAACGUCUCAGAUCCCCGAUGUACCUCGCAGUUGCUUUACAAGCUUCCAGAGUCACGUGACCUUCCAACUAGCCUCGUUGGUGAUAGAACUCCAGGAGAGGUUUGUGAAGCCGAAAAACAGCAACACAUCUUUGACUAUAUGGGAAGAGCUGCAGGGUUAGCAAAACACUUGGGACUUCCACCUCUUUCAACAAACCUUUUGGAUGUCGCUCUCGAAAUCUUACAUACUAAUAACUACGACUCAGAAAAAGCGUUAGAUGCAUUAGCCAGGGUUGAUCGUAAAAUAUUCAAGGAACCAGAGCUUAAUUCUGUUGAGACGAAAAAAUUUGAAGAUGCUGUAGUCAAGUUUGGUUCCGAGUGGCAUAGCAUUAAAAAACACGUCAAGACUGUGACUCCUGCUAAUAUUGUUAGAUUCUAUUACACAUGGAAAAAAACUGAUCGCGGAAGACUUAUCUGGGGUAAUUAUGUUGGCAGAAAGGGUAAAAAGGAAGCCAAAAAAGAGAAAGUAGAAGGAAACAAAGCAGCAUUGAAACUUCAGGAUGAUGUUGCCGAUGAACAUGAUGACUCUGCAUUUGAUAAUGAUAAAGCUUUUCGAACUAAAAAAUGCUUUCAGUGCAAGUUUUGUUCAACUAGAAGUUCUCGGCAAUGGAGGCGAGCCCCUAAUACCCCUGCUGGUCAAUCGAUACUCGAAAACACAUCUUCAAGGAGCUCUACAAAAGACAAGUAUUCACACGUUAUGAUUGCACUUUGUCGUCGGUGCGCUGAACUGUGGCGUCGCUACGCAAUUCAGUGGGAAGAUGUGGAUGAGAUAGCAAAAAAACUUUCUCAAGCUGGAGGCCGUGCUGGAAAAAGGAAAAUCGAUGAAGAAUUGUUGAAAGAAUUGAUUGCUGCUAAUGAGGUUAUCAAUCAUAUAACAAGAUCAUCGCCCACUAUUGACACACCUGAUUUGGGAAUUCAGAACUUGACAACAGUUCCCACGUUAUCUCCCAUCGAACCACCCAGGAAGAAGAUAAAAGUCUCCAAUGAAAAGGAAAAUCUAGCUACAACGAAUGAGCCUCUAGUAGUCUCGAAGAAAAAACUUACAAUAGACAAGCCAAUUCCAAUACUACCUCCCGAACCUCCCAAGGCAAAAAUAAUGCCCUGUGCUAUAUGCAAUGAGAUAGAACCACUUGCAGAUCAAAGUAUUUCAUGCAAAGACUGCCGUUUGACUGUUCAUCGCAACUGUUACGGUGUAGUGAGUGACAGUAGAAAUUCCAGCAAAUGGACAUGCGAUAUGUGCUCCAAUGAUAAAAAUCCUCAAGUUUCUGUUCAAUACAAAUGUAUGUUAUGUCCCGUUGAGUCUACUGAAAAAGAUUCUAUUGAACAUUCAAAAACUGUCAACAAGAAAAGGUCUGAAAAAGAUCGGGAACGAGAACAGGCCCAAGAUGUAGCUGAUUAUUUCCGAAACAAACAGCUGGAGAUGAGCAAGCCAGUAAAUCCGCGCGAACCCUUAAAACGCACCGCCAACAAUAAUUGGAUUCAUGUUACGUGCGCGGUCUUUACGCCAGAGGUUAAAUUCGGUAACGCACGGGCCCUAGAACCAUCCGAGGGAAUUCCCUCAAUCCCAGUGGCGAGAUAUGAAGAAACAUGCAAGGUGUGCAAAAAAAACAACAGAGGUGCUUGUGUCCAUUGUUAUCAUUGCCGCGUACCUGUUCAUGUAGAGUGUGCUCGUCAGGCUGGAUACAAUCUAGGCUUUGAUGUAACGCCUAUCAAAGGAAACAGGCGAGACCAAUUCAAUAUUGUAAAUAUUGACGGUGAAAUUGGCAUCAUGACUGCAGCCAUACGGUGUAAAGAUCACGUCUUAUCCAAAGUCAUUUCGCAUCAAAUGCAUCAUAUUGUAGACAAUUCUGGCUUAAAUGCUCUGCAGCUUUUCGUACGAAAUUUCAAGCAAGCAGAUCUUGCUUUGACAGGAACUGUUCGCAAAGCCACUCUCAUAAAUUUAUCAACUAAUGGGAAUAUCUUAUCACAACUUUCUCUCUCAACCAGUCGACGGACGUCUUCUUCUGUAAAUGGCCCUUCAAACAAUUCACGUGGAGUCGUGACAGGACAAGGAACAAUUGAAGACACAUCAAUUUUUAGGUCAAACUAUAUCAAGAAAUUAUGCGUCACCUGCCUUGUUGAUAUAAGCCCUAAAUGGUGGCCGUAUUUAGAAGAGACUUAUGUACAACUAACAGCUAACUCGCCUGUUCUCCAGUUGGGAAGGGAAAAUCAGAAUAAAGUUCUCACUGAGCUUACAAAAGGGAAGAACUGUCAGAUAUCGGAGACAUCAAGAACAGGCAAUGAGACCUCUGCUGCGCUUGCUGCAGCUGCUCUUCACCAAGAUGAAAAGACUAUGCCAAAUCCUAUCAUAAGUUCUUCACUAGAACUCCAGUGUCAUCAGUGUCAUUGGAAGAAGAUACGAAAAAUGCCAGGGCACACUCCAGCAGUAGUUUAUGCCAAUAUGUCUCAAUCAUCUACUAUACAGCUCCCAGUAGCAACAAUACACACUCUCAAAGCCGAGACUGAUCUCAAUCUAAUAUCGCGAGGAUCUUAUUUAUGGCCGCAUACAUCUACGAAUAUCAUCCAAAAUGGGUUACCAAAUAGCAAGCAGUCACCAAGCUGGUCACAUCACUCUCCGACAGCCCAAGUUAUAUCAAUGGAAACCCAUGCUAAUGGUUUUCAUACUCCAGUGACCAAAAUGGAAACAAUUCAUACACCUGAUCCUUCCCAUGCUCAAGUGGGACAAAAAUCCAUUCUAAGUUCAAAUCAAAACGGGCAUUCAAUACAACUAACUAAUGGCAACUCAAAACAUCAUUCUGUGACAGCUUCUUCUCAAAAUACUCAGAACAGCACACAUGUGCUAUAUUCCAUAUCACGACCUCCUCCACCGCCUCAGAACUUAAUCGACGGCGGGCCACCACCUUUAGCUCCAGAAUCUCCUUUUUCUCAUCCGAAUAGAUCCGAUCACCAGCGGGAACACUCGUUUAGUUCCCAUCAAGAUAGUCCUAGAAACCAUGAGGCUCACACCAGGGCGCUCGAUCCAAACAAUAGCCAAGGUAACAAUAUCCGAGCAAAUGAUAGCAGGAAAAAUGGUGGUGCCAGUGCCAGCCCAUCACUACGGAAUCUUCUCCACUGA